CGCCCCCCCUUUUCCCAUCGUGCUCUGCGCGGCGGCGGUAGCGGAGCCAUGUUCCUGCAGUGCUACAGCGAUGAGCGCGGGGAGCGCGUUUACACACUGAAGAAGGUGUCCCCGGCAGGGCAGCCUACCCGCUCGGCCCACCCAGCUCGGUUCUCCCCCGACGACAAGUUCUCCCGGCACCGCCUGGCGUUGAAGCGGCGGUUCGGAGUGCUGCCCACCCAGCGGGCGCGGCCGCUCCUUUAGCGGAAGGGCCGGCCCCGGCGAUCGCAGAAUAAACCCCAUGAGACACA